AGGCUAUUUAAAACUGUGCGCAAGCCCCCUGGCGCCGAGUCGACGACUAAUGAUCAGUCCUGCCUUGUCUACCAACGAGUGCGUAGCGACAUUGUGAACUGUGUUUACACGAGAACGUUUCCUUCAGUGUUUGUUUAGUUCGACAGUUUUCCUAACACGUGAACAUGGCCGAUAGUGGAUUGAAGAGGAACAUUCCCAUCAAACUUGGAGAUUUUUCUGUCAUCGACACAGAGUUCUCGAGCAUCAGGGAGAGAUUCGACGCCGAAAUGAGGAAAAUGGAGGAGGAGAUGAGCAAAUUCCGAUCUGAACUCAUGAACAGGGAAAGCAACAACUUCUUCAAGAGUUCUACGAGGUCUUACAAUUUCGAAUCUGUUUCCUCCGGAGGAGUAACUUCGUCUUCAGAGAGCACAACUACAUCAUCACAACAUAGCGACAGCAGACAGCUAGCUGAGCCUAGCCAUUGGGACAGCCUCAACUCCCCACUCAUCCAGGACGAAGGCGACGGCAAGUCCCUCAAACUCAGAUUUGACGUUAGCCAGUACACUCCAGAAGAAAUCGUCGUUAAGACGGUUGACAACAAACUAUUGGUCCACGCCAAGCACGAGGAGAAAUCAGAAACGAAGUCAGUAUACAGAGAGUACAACAGAGAAUUCCUCCUGCCCAAAGGCACGAACCCCGAGGCUAUCAAGUCGUCGCUGUCCCGGGACGGCGUCCUGACGGUGGAGGCUCCCCUGCCGCAGUUGGCCAUCACGGACAGGAACAUUCCCAUCCAGAAGCACUGAGAAUCUCAUCCAACGAACGCAGCUCGAGUAGCUAUUCCAUACUGUUAAUAAUUUAUUUUACAAAGUAUUAUAAGAAGUUUUGGAAAUAUUCAAAUAUUUAUUUCGGUUAUUUUUAAGAAUCUCAUGAUUUUUUAACGACUAAAUUCGAAUUGAACCGUUGGGCGAUUCGAUUUCACGGAUGAAAAUCUACUUCGGAUCUCAGUGGGGUUUGCAGAUCUGCACCGUUCGCUAGAGCCUCCGCUUUCAUUGUGAUCAGAUCGGAAUUGUGCAUUUGUAUCGCGAUGUUAUGAUAUUAAACUGAUAUUAGAGUGACUGAUGGAUCUGAGGCGCGGGUGAGCAAGUUCCCCGCCGGCACUCCUAUAUACUUGUAGAGUAGAGCUUUGCUUACGAUGGGCGAGUCUACGUCUAUUUGGAUGUCCAUUUUCUUAACACUAUUUACGUAUGCUACGAAGCAAUAAGUAAAUGCACUUUGUUAACAGCUUUUAACAGAAACACGUUUAUAUUUUAGUACAAACAGUUGUUACAAAAGUUUUAGAUGUCAAUAAAAUCUAUAAUGAUA